GAAUCUAAUGAUGGUGGGGUUACAACACGAGCCUGAUAGGAAAGAUCGUCUGGCUGCUUCCAGUGGCGCUGAACAUUUACUGGGAACUACUGGGCUUGAUUUGGAGUUCGAAAUGGACGCGUCAUCGCUAGCUCCGGAACCGGCAACGUAUGAAACUGCAUAUGUAACUUCUCACAAGAUGGCGUGUCGCGCUGGAGCAUUUAGUUCUUGUGGGCAACUGGUUGCCACAGGCAGUGUUGAUGCUAGUAUUAAGAUUUUGGACGUAGAACGUAUGUUGGCUAAAUCGGCGCCAGAGGAAGUGGACCCUGGAAGGGAGCAACAAGGGCAUCCGGUCAUAAGGACAUUAUACGAUCACACAGACGAAAUCACAGCACUAGAUUUCCAUCCCCGAGAGCAGAUCCUAGUCUCAGCAUCCCGCGACUGUUGCAUCAAACUGUUUGAUAUAACCAAGGCUUCUGCUAAGAAGGCAUAUAAGUCUAUUACCGAUGCAGAACAAGUGUUAUGCGUGGCCUUCCACCCCCUGGGCGACCACAUCAUAGCCUCCACCACUCACCCAGUCAUCAGGCUUUAUGAUGUCACCACCAGCCAGUGUUUCGUAUGCCCCGUACCUUCCCAUCACCACAAAAAACAAGUCAACUCCAUCAAAUUUUCACCGAAUGGUAAAUACUUCGCAAGCGGCAGCGCGGAUGGUUCCGUCAAACUUUGGGACACCGUCUCCAACAGAUGUUUCAACACGUUCAUAAACGCUCACGAUGGUUCCGAAGUGUGUUCGGUGGCGUUUACAAGAAAUAGCAAGUAUCUACUAACGUCGGGUCUGGAUUCUUCUAUUAAACUUUGGGAACUGGCGUCUAGUCGCUGUCUCAUACAGUACACCGGGGCUGGUACAACCGGUAAGCAAGAACACCACGCCCAGGCCGUAUUUAAUCACACAGAGGACUACGUGAUGUUCCCCGACGAAGCUACAACGUCCCUCUGCACCUGGCAUUCGCGUAGCGCCAGCCGUUGUCAGUUAAUGUCUCUGGGGCAUAAUGGGGCAGUUAGAUACAUCGUUCACUCGGGAACCGCCCCGGCUUUCCUCACUUGUAGUGACGACUACAGAGCGAGAUUCUGGUACCGUCGAAAUACGCAUUGAUUAUCCGAUGUUAAUAAAUAAUAA